UUUCCCAGCCUAAGCUUGCUUUGGGAGACAGCACAGUUUACCAAAAUGUUACGCGUGGUAAGCUGGAACAUCAAUGGGAUCCGGAGUCCCCUGCAAGGGCCUGCAUGCCAGGAAACCAGCAACUGUACCGCGACUUUGCGACACAUUUUGGACAAGCUGGAUGCUGAUAUUGUCUGUCUCCAGGAGACCAAAGUGACCAGAGAUGUACUGACAGAGCCCCUGGCUAUUGUUGAGGGUUAUAACUCCUAUUUCAGCUUCAGCCGCAGCCGCAGUGGUUAUUCUGGUGUGUCUACCUUUUGUAAGGACAGUGUUACUCCAGUGGCUGCUGAAGAAGGCCUGAGUGGUGUAUUUGCCACCCUGAAUGGGAGUAUUGGUUGCUAUGGAAACAUGGAUGAGUUCACCCAAGAAGAACUCCGGGUUCUGGAUAGUGAGGGCCGGGCCCUCCUUACACAGCACAAGAUCUGCACACUGGAAGGGAAGGACAAAACAUUGACCCUAAUCAAUGUGUACUGCCCGCAUGCGGAUCCUGGGAAACCUGAGCGGCUGACCUUUAAGAUGCGUUUCUGUCGCCUGCUGCAGAUUCGAGCAGAAGCACUCCUGGCUGCUGGCAGUCAUGUUAUAAUCUUGGGGGACCUGAAUAUAGCCCACCGACGCAUUGAUCAUUGCGAUGCAGGCAGUCUGGAGUGCUUUGAAGAGGACCCCGGACGUAAGUGGAUGGAUGGCUUGCUCAGUGACCCAGGGACUGAGGCUGGAUCCCACAUAGGGCUUUUUAUGGAUAGCUACCGCUGCUUCCAUCCAAAACAGGAGAGGGCUUUCACCUGCUGGUCAGUGGUCAGUGGUGCACGCCAUCUGAACUAUGGUUCCCGACUUGACUAUAUACUGGGAGAUAGGACUUUGGUUACAGAUACCUUCCAGACCUCCUUCCUACUCCCAGAAGUGAUGGGCUCUGAUCACUGCCCUGUGGGAGCUGUCUUGAAUGUAUCAUGUGUGCCAGCAAAACAGUGUCCAGCUCUGUGCACCCGCUUCCUCCCUGAGUUUGCUGGUACCCAGCUCAAGAUUCUUCGCUUCCUCGUUCCUCUUGAACAAGAACCUGUACAGGUGCAGCCAGUACUACAGCCCAGCCAUCAAAUGCAGGCGCAGAAACAGCCAGGCAAAGCCCGUAUGCACUCAACCAGGAUUCGGAAAAGUCAAGGUGGCUCCAAAAGAAGCCAGAAAAACCUGAUGAGUUACUUCCAGCCUGCCUCUAACCUUCCCCAAACUUCUGUUGUGGACCUGCCUCCAGUGGGUACUCUUACAACCUCAAGGGCUCCAGAAGAGGUGGCAAUGGCCACGGUGAUAGAAGAAAAGAUCAAGAUUCCAGAGGCAAAAGAUGAGAAGGAAGUAAGGACCUCCUUCUGGAAGUCUGUGCUCAGUGGGCCCUCACCCAUGCCCCUCUGUGGAGGCCACAGGGAGCCAUGUGUGAUGCGCACUGUGAAAAAAGCAGGACCCAACUUGGGUCGCCAAUUCUAUAUGUGUGCUAGACCACGAGGUCCUCCCAGUGACCCCUCCUCCCGCUGUAACUUCUUCCUCUGGAGCAGGCCCAGCUGAACAAACUGAGGCUUAGGGAUGUCUAGCACGGUCACCUGCUGCACGGGGUCUGAUGCCAGGUCCCUGCCUCUGAAGCUGCCUUUUUCCCAAGGCUUCCUUUCUUUCCCUUCUUUCUCUUCUCUCAUUUUCCUCCCUUCCCUCCCUUCUUCCUUUAAUGCCUCCUCCUUCUCACAUCUCUAUUUCUUCUUCUUUGUACGCAUAGGACCAGGGAACUAAUUUAAACCCCUUCUGCCCUUGGUGGACACUUAAUUCGUUCAUAAAUAAAGCUCAUGGGAUUUUU